AUGUUUCGGCCAGCCGAUCGACCCCUGAGUUUCAGGCAGCACGCCAGCGAGUGGAUCUAUAAGAUGUUGUUCCUAUGGUCAAGAGAGCCAGCACCCAGUCCAAAAGCAAGUCCCUGGUUCGCGUGGUUCGCGACAGCGCUAGUCCUCUGGCGUUGCAGAAGAAGCGUGGCGAAAGCCAUCCUAGCCGUGUCGCCCUUAAGGUUAUUGAAGAGACGUCAUCUCCUUCCUGCAACGACAUCAAAGGCCUCGUCGACGGUCCCCCUAUUAAAGCAGCAACGACUGAAGCUAGAAAAUCCCAUAUCGCAACGGAAACACAGACACUCGGGCAUCAGGACGAAGGUGAAACGAUUGUGCACCGGUGACGGGCCACACGUGACUAACUCCAGCUCCCCAAUCCAGCAAAUUCACUAUAAAGUCACCAGAAGUGGCAAGGUAUACGGGAAAUAUAACAAGGUCGUGAUGCCGGCGAACUGCAACCAAGGAAGCCAUUGA